AUGUUUGAGGCAUUCCGCUUCUUCGAUGCGUUUUCUGUUCUAUCCUUGUCAGUCCACAUUUCAUUCUUCUUCACCACCAUAGUCAUGGCCGAGACACCGCGCAGACUCAUGCGCCGCAUCCUGCUCGAAGCGCAAACGCCCGCUCCAGCCUCGUCGUCGUCGUCGUCGUCGUCCUCCCGCACACCGCAGCAGCCCGCAACCUCGUCCUCGGCAGCACCGUCGUCGUCUGCACGCCCAGCAGCCACACCGGCCUCCACAGCGCGCCGGCGGACGGCGUCCCAAGCGAGCACUUCGCUCGGUCCAGAGAGCGCCAGCAAGCGGUCCCGUCGCAUCGCCGCCGACUCGCCGCGUGGCCUGAUUCGAGCCGUCUCAGAAGACCUCGCGCCGCCUUCCACAACCAUCAACCGAAACCGACAUUCAUUCGGUCCAUCCGCCGCAAACACGGCCAUUCUGGCGUCUGCCACCAAGGCACGCGCGACAGCAACGGCGAGUGCUGCAGCUCCGAUGUCUGCGCGGUCGGCAAAAGCGGCGGCGAUGGCGGCUGGAUCGGAUGUUGCCGCGACUCCCCGCACCAUGUUCCGAGGCGCCCUCGCAUCCAUGGACACUCCGCUGGACGCAUCCAUUCUGCCAAGCAGCGCCAGGAACGCUCUAGCUGCACCCUCGAGCGUCCAACGUACGCCAGUGAUUUCACCUCGGCGCUCUGUGGCGUCAACACCCUCGUCUGUUUCCAGCCUCGACUUGUCUGCACUACCAAGUCGACCUAUUCGCGCUUCUAAUGGAUAUGCCAUCGAUUGGGGAGAUGACGACUAUGCUGACGAGGUUGACGACAACCGAGAGUCGUCGGAGGAGUCCAGCCUGACUGCGGCUGAGCGGGCGCGAGUGGAUGAAAUUGUCGACAACGACGAUGCAGCGGAUCUAGCGUCUCAGAAAUCGGUAUUCCGAGCACCAUAUCCAGUCACGAAAGCGCCCAAAGGUGCAGCAAGCUCAGCAUCAUUACCACAUUCAAAACGGUCAAAGGAGGACGAGUUGCCAGUCAUUUCUGCAGCAGCAACGCGCGCGCUUUUUCUCUCGUUUUGCAAGGCGAGUGUGCCAGCUGCAACCAUGGAAGUCGUCCAGCGCGGGGUGGAUGAAUUUUUAAACCAAGCCGCCGAUGAUCUCGUCGCAUUCGCUCAACACGCAAAGCGCAAGACCAUCGAUGCAGAGGACGUAGUAUUCUUGAUGCGAAGGCAAAAACAAAUUCAACCUGCCCAAACAAUAGAAACGCUAUCCCAUGCCUAUCUACCACGCGAGUACAUUGAGGCGGUCAUACCCAUUGCUCGCGCGCACAACAUUGUUGAGCCAUGAAGUUGUUUGGUGCAAUGGCAGAAAGCAGCAUGUUUCAAGCACAAUGACUAUUUUUGAAUAGGUAUUGGGC